AUGGUGCAGAAGAGCCGCAAGGAACGGGGAAAUAAGAGCGGAUGCGCGUUCGGGGGGGCCCUUCCUGUGCCCCCCAUCACUGCUGUCCCCGGCCCCGAGUGCGUCCUCCGAGAUAAGCCGGGACCGCCCCGGGACGUGCCGGGGCUGUGGCCACAUUUCGGGGUGGCCAUGGGGCUGCUGCGGGUGCUGCUGCUCCUCGGGGGGCUGCGCCUGCCCCCCACCCUGGGGCUUCUCCAGGAACCCCCCACCGAGUACACGGGACCCCCCGGCAGCUAUUUCGGCUUCGCCCUGGAUUUCCUCGUGACAGAGGGCAGACCCAGCGUGGCUGUGGGGGCCCCCCGUGCCAACACCUCCCAGCCCGGCGUGGCUCAGCCCGGCGCCGUCUUCCUCUGCUCCUGGCCCCCCGACGAGACCCCCUGCCGCCCCCUCCCCAUCGACACCGCAGGGGACGAGACCGAGACCCGGGGCACCUUGGAAUUCCACACCUACAAGUCGCACCAGUGGCUGGGCGCGUCCGUCACCGGCUGGGACGGCAAACUGGUGGCCUGCGCCCCGCUGCAGCACUGGAACGCCAUGGAAGGGUCGGAGGAGGCGUUCCGGACCCCGACGGGCACCUGCUUCGUGGCGACACCGGGGCUGCGGCGCGUGGUCUGGUACUCGCCCUGCCGGGACCAGUCGAUGGCCAACACCUACCGCCAGAACAACUACGAGCACGACAAGCGCUACUGCGAGAUCGGCUUCAGCGCCGCCGUCACCCCGGACGGCACGCUGGUGCUGGGUGCCCCCGGCGGGUAUUACUUCACGGGGCUCCUGUACUCCGUGGAGGUGAACACCAUCCUCAGCCGCUUCCACGGCACGUCCCUGCUCUGGCUGGGGACCCCGGGGCGCCCCACGGUGCCCGUGUCCCUGGAAUACGAGGACGGGUACCGGGGGUACUCGGUGGCUGUGGGCGAGUUCGAUGGCAACCCCAAAACCAAAGAGUACGUGGUGGGGGUCCCCAACAAGAGAGACACAAAGGGUGAGGUGGAGAUCUUCACUGCGGGGAACACCCUGCGCCGGCUGCGGGGCAUCGACAGCGAGCAGGUGGCAUCGUACUUCGGGCACACGGUGGCCGUGGCCGACGUCAAUGGGGACGGGCGGGACGACCUGCUGGUGGGUGCCCCCCUGUACAUGGCCCGGCGCCCCGACGGGCAGCGCAGCGAACUGGGGCGGCUCUACCUCUACCUGGGCGGGGGGCAGCAUCUCCUCCCCCGACCCCCCCAGACCCUGACGGGCACCCACCCCUACGGCCGCUUCGCCGCCGCCAUCGCCAGCCUGGGGGACCUGGACAAGGACGGCUUCGGCGACGUGGCCGUGGGUGCCCCGCAGGGGGGUGACGAUGGCAGAGGGCAGGUCUUCAUCUUCCGCGGGCAGAGCGAAGGGCUGGAGCCGGUGCCCACCCAGCGCCUCGACAGCCCCUUCCCCGGCCCCGCCGCCUUCGGCUUUGCCCUGCGAGGGGGCACCGACCUGGACGGCAACGGCUACCCGGAUCUGCUGGUCGGGGCUUACGGGGCGGCCAAGGUGGCCGUGUACCGGGGACAGCCCGUGGUGGUGGCCCACACCCAGCUGAGCGUCCCCGAUGGGCUGAACCCCGAGGUCCUGGACUGUGUCCUGCCCGACUCUGGUAUCCGUGUCAGCUGCUUCCACGUGGUGUUUUGUGUCAGCGUGACGGGCCAGCACAUCCCCUCGGCCAUCCACCUGGAGGCUGAGCUGCAGCUGGACCGGCUGAAGCCUCGGCUGUCCCGGAGGGUCCUGCUCCUGCAGGGACACCAGUCGUCCUGGCGCGAGGAGCUGGUGGUGACACCGGGGACACGCCCCCAGUGCCGCAACCUCACCGCCUACCUGCGGGACGAGGCCGAGUUCAAGGACAAGCUGAGCCCGGUGGCCCUGAGCGUGGCCCUGGCACUGCCCCGGGAGGCCCCGGGGCUGGUGCUCUACGGGAACACCCUGGUGCAGGCACAGACCCACAUCAUCCUGGAGGACUGUGGUGAGGACAAUCUCUGCAUCCCUGACCUCCACCUGGCUGCUGACACCCCCAGCCAGCACCUGCUGAUCGGGGCGGAGGCCGCGCUGCGCCUGCGCGCCCACGCCUCCAACGCGGGCGAAGGCGCCUUCGAGGCCGAGCUGAGGGUGCAGCUGCCCCCUGGCACCCACUACCAGGCAGCCAGGAGCACCAUCCCGGGGCAGGAGAAGCUGAGCUGCAACCCCAAGAAGGAGAACGGGACCCACGUGGUGCUCUGCGAGCUGGGCAACCCCAUGAAAGCAGGGGCCCAGAUCACUGUGGACAUGGAGCUGAGCGUGUCCGGGCUGGAGGACAUGGGGGAUGCCAUCACCUUCCAGCUCCAGCUGCGGAGCAAGAACAGCCCCAGCCCCACCAAUGCGUCGGUGACAGUGACGGUGCCCGUGGAGGCGCAGGCAGAGAUGGAGCUGCGAGGCAACUCCCUGCCAGACACGACGGUGCUGCCCACGAGCUGGCAGGGGGUGGAGGGCAGCCGGCGGCUCGAGGACCACGGCAUCAAGGUGGAGCACGUUUAUGAGCUCCACAACAAGGGUCCCAGCACCGUCAGCGGGGUCACCCUGCGCCUCGCUGUCCCCCACCAGCUGGGCGGCCACAUCCUUCUCUACCUGCUGGAGCUGGGCACCGAGGGGGGCAUGAACUGCACCCACCACCCCGAGCUCAACCCCGCCCAGCUGGAGAUCGCCGGUCCCACGGGAGCAGCGCCCGGGAACGGCACCCGCCAGCGGGAGCGCCGGGAGGCGGAGGAGCCCCCGGGGGUGGGGCUGGGGGAGCCUGUCCCCGUGCCCACAACGGGUGCAGGGCUGGGGGUGUCCCCCGGGGUGGGGGUCCCCAACACCUGCCGUGUCCCUCAGGACUGUGACAAUGCCACGUGCGUGGACAUCACCUGCCACGUGCCCAGCCUGGGCAAGGACCAGCGGGCACUGGUCAGUGUUCACGCCCUGCUCUGGAUGGACACCCUGCAGCAGCGGGAGCACCUCCUGUCGCAGUUCCUCAUCCAGUCCCAGGCGUGGUUCAGCACCUCGGCCAUGCCCUACCGGGUCCAGCCCCGCGUCCUGCCCGCCGGCAACGCCACGGCUGUCACCCGGGUGGUUCGUGCCAGCCCCGGGGGCAAGGGGACCGUGCCGGUGUGGGGGGUGGUGCUGGGGGUCCUGGCCGGGCUCCUGCUCCUCACCCUCCUCAGCCUCUUCAUGUGGAAGAUGGGUUUCUUCAAAAGGACACGGCCGCCCACCGAGGGGGACACACAGGAGCCCAGCCAGGCCCAGGAGCCCGGGGGUGCCCAGGGCUAGUGGGGUCCCCCGUGGUUCUCCUGUGCCCCUCUCCCCAACCCCCUUGUCCCCGACUCCCCUGAGUGCCCGUGGGACCCCAGCCUCCCUCUGCUCCCCCCCAGACAAUAAAUC